GUGCAGUCGCUGCAGGCCACGUUUGGGACAUUGGAGUCCAUGCUGCGGAGCUCCCAGCACAAGCAGGACCUCACGGACAAAGCCGUGAAGCAAGGCGAGAGCGAGAUCGGCCGCAUCGGCGAGGUCCUGCAGAAGCUGCAGAACGAGAUCCUCAAGGACCUCUCCGACGGCAUCCACGUGGUGAAGGAUGCCCGAGAGCGUGACUUCACAUCUCUGGAGCACACGGUGGAGGAGCGGCUGACGGAGCUCACCCGCUCCAUCAAUGACAACAUCGCCGUCUUCACCGACGUGCAGAAGCGGGGCCAGGAGGAGAUCAACGAGGUGAAGGCGAAAGUGGCCGCACUGGAGGAGUCUGGGGAGGACCGACAGGCCCUGAAGGCCCUGAAGGCCACGGUGCAGGAGGUGCAGGGCGCGGCCAAGUCCCGGAGCGAGGAGCUGGUGGCCCUGCGCCGCUCCCUGCAGACCCUGGAGGCCGAGGUCUACAGUGAGGUUCGGGAGCUGGUGAGCCUCAAGCAGGAGCAGCAGGCCUUCAAGGAGGCUGCCGAGGCCGAGCGGCUGGCCCUGCAGGCCCUUACCGAGAAGCUGCAGCGCUCGGAGGAGGCCGCCUCGCACCUCCCAGAUGAGGUCAGGAGGCUGCAGGAGGAGCUGAGCCAGUUGCGGGCCGAGGCCCCGCGGCCGGAGGGGGACGGUGGCUCUGGACACGCGGACGCCCUGGACGUGCUGCUGCAGAAGGGCCAGGCCCUGGAUUCUAGGCUGCAGGGUGUGGAGUCAGGCGUGCAGGCCCUGCAGGAGGCCUCUGCGCGCCAGGCUGAGAGCCUGCGGUCGCUGGUGUCCAGCAGCCAGGACCACGAGGAGCGCCUGGCCGCGCUGCAGGGCCGCCUGCAGGGCCUGGGGCCCGAGGUGGACAGGGACAGGCUGGCCAGCACGGUGCAGAGCCUGGGCGAGGCUCAGCUGGCACUCUACGGCGACGUGGAGGCGUUGAAGAGGAGCGUGGGCGAGCUGCCCGGCACCGUGGAGUCGCUGCAGCGGGUGCGCGAGCAGGUGCACGCGCUGCUCAGGGAGGACCCGGCCGCUCGGCCGCCCACCUCGGACCUGCUGGACAGGCUGUCCUCGCUGGACAACCUCAAGUCCUCAGUGAGCCAGGUGGAGUCGGACUUGAAGAUGCUCAGGACUGCUGUGGACAGCUUGGUCACCUACUCGGUCAAGAUCGAAAGCAACGAGAGGGACCUGAAGGGCGCCUACGCGGACCUGGACGUCCUGAGGAAAGACCUCGACAGGUUGUUUGUGGAAGUCGAAAGGAUUUACGAGAAGUUCUAAGCGGUGGUGUGUGCAGGCGAGGAUUCCCAGGCAGGUUUCUCCAGACCAAAAGGUGUGUUGUCUCCUCUCCUCCCACGAGGUACCCCCACCUCGAGCCCCCCUGAAGAACGCCUGUUGCCGGGCGCUAUGGUUCUGUGCCUGGCUGUCCCGGGCGAUCGCCAGUUUCUUUGGCCUCUGCUGUUCCUUGCGGUUGGCGUCCUGGAGGCCUGGCUGCCAGGGACGGCGCAGGCUCUAGGAGGGCAGCGUUGUAUCAGGAAAACGGCAGUGACCACAGCCACGGAUUCAGAGGCAGAUGAACGCUGACCUCGGAGACCCUGUUUGGUGGCCAGAUUUCAAGUUAAAAAAAAAAAAAAAAAAUGGAGGGCACACUUUUUUUUUCUUAUUGUCCUUAAGGAACAUUAAUUUUUACCUUUUUUUGUUUAUUUUUAUACUUUCGGCCAAUGUUUUGUGGCAUCUCUCUUGCUUCUUGUCCUCCUCUUAAAAGUGGUUGGAAUGCGUAGAUGUCAGCUGAGGCGGGGCCUGGGCUCACCUUCAUUUUAAAUGGGUCAGCUGCCUGAGGUCACCUGCCUGAGGUCCCCCGGGGCCUGGGUAUCUCUCCCAUUCCCCAGUCCUCCGGUGACAUCGAAGGUAACUGCCAAGCACCAGAAUGUGGAGGUGCGGUGCCCUGAGUCCCUGGUGCCCUUCUGCCCCUGGUGGCCAACCUGUGCCAACCCUUGGGGUGGGCACCAAACCCUUGGGUGUGAAUCCCAGGGAGGAGAGCAGGUUUCUCAGGUGCUGAUUUUAAGUGCUGCUCAGAGUCUCCCAGGCAGUGGGGCCAAAUAAUGUUUUUAUUUCAGCGGUGGAGUGGGUGAGGAGGUCUGCCGCCGGGGUGGAGCCCUGCCAUGGUACCUGUUUCCUGUACCCCUUCCCCUUGGAGCUGUGUUGUUCUUUCACGGCUAUGUUGCCCUUCCAGGAAAAAAAAAAAAAAAAAAAAAAAACCCUGAAAAGUAAAAGAAAGGAAAAAAAAAUUUCUUUAGUUUACUGUGAAAGGAACUGUAUGGCUCAUUUACAGUAUUUUUAAUUCUUAAUAAACUCUUGAGCUUUGUUAA